UUUCCAAGAUAUGUCUCGAAUAAAGUGUGCUAUAUGGAAAAGAACGGAGUAGCCAAUAAAUCGUUUAAAAAUUGGCUCGCAAUUUCGUGACUCCACGAUGAGAAGUGAUCAGAGAUCCUCGCAUGCACAAUCGAUUUCACGCGUUGAUUGUUUUUCACUUCCAAAUAUAAUGGCUGCGCUCGAAUGAGACGCGGAUUCUUACCUUCCUCCCGUCGCAUACCAGGCACAAGCUGGUCCAAAAUUCUAGUGCUCGCAAUCGCCUCAAAUGACCAAACGGAUUCGCAUUGUCGCCGUAAGCGUCGACGUAGUAACGAGACAUCAUUCCGUUAUAGUACUCGGUGAUGCUUCGUGUACCGCUGAAAUCGUGUUAACGAAACUUGUCACUGCCGGCCGAGAAAUAACGUGCGUGAACGCGAAGGGAGCAAGAUAGAGAAAUUCUCAGUGAGUUCUAUAAGCAUUUCCCACGCACUUGUCGGGGUGAGAAGACGAUCGAAGACUCUGUUAACUACCCGUCCUCGAGAGAGGAAGGGUCAGUGAUGAGGGGUCGAUGAAGAAUUAUUGGCAUGGCCAAGCGACUCAGCCCUCGAAACUCGGAGGUGAACGCUCUUGAGCAGCGAGGCUAUCUCAUAGGCAAGAAGAUCGGACAGGGUUCUUAUGCAACCGUCCAUCUGGCAGAAUAUAUUGAUGGAGCAAGCAUGAAAAAGAUGCGUCUGGCUUGUAAGAUCUUUGAUAAAGAAAAAGCGCCAGAUGAUUUCUUGGAUAAGUUCUUUCCUCGCGAGCUUGAGAUUUUAACAAAGAUAGAAAAUCCGCAUAUCAUUCAAGUGCACAGCAUUCUGCAACGCGGUCCGCGUGUCUUCAUCUUCAUGCGCUAUGCCGAUAAUGGUGAUCUUUUGGAUUUCGUGAAGUGCAACGGCGUAGUGCCGGAACAACAGUCACGAUUGUGGUUUCGUCAGAUGGCGUCCGGCUUGCACUACCUGCACAGCAAGAAUAUCGCCCACCGGGACCUCAAGUGCGAGAACAUAUUGCUCUCGCGAAAGUUCAAUGUGAAACUGGCGGACUUUGGUUUUGCCAGGUUCUGCAUGGACCACGAGGGCAGGCGGGUUCUCAGCCAGACGUACUGCGGUUCAGCGGCCUAUGCCGCGCCGGAGGUCGUCGCCGGUACUCCGUACAAUCCAAAAUUGGCGGACGUUUGGUCGCUCGGUAUUAUCCUCUUCAUCAUGUUGAACGGGACAAUGCCAUUCGACGACGAGAAUCUACCGAAGCUCCUCAAAGAUCAGAUAUCUCGCAAUUGGGUGUUCAGGUCCCGCGUCCGCGACACCGUGUCCACGCUGGCUAAGAACAUCGUCCGGCAGAUUCUCGAACCGGACAUCACUCUCAGACUUACGCUCGAGAGGAUGCUGGGCCACGAGUGGGUGAGAGCAAGGAAGGAUAAAACAGGCUCCCUUGCCGGAAGACUCGUCCACUCAGCGCCGCCGAGUCAUACUCCGAUGUGUGGAGGCGGUAAUCUAGGCGGGUCAGGAACCGGAAACGUACCUGUCGUAACAAGGGCACAACCUGCAUUAAAAAAUUUGGAAAAUCAGACUCAACCGUCCUCGAAAAUGGUAAAUACCUCACGGAAAGAUCCACAGUUGCCUAUCACCGUGGGAUAAGAAGAUUCGAAAAAGAAUCAAUGAAUACAUU